AUGAGGCGGCAUGAGCGGGUCGAAUGUGGAGGCAAAGAGCCUACACAUCCGUGUUUGCUUUGUCCGUACAAGGCUAAACAAAAGGGCAACCUCAAGGUACACAUGAGAAAACACCAUAACAGUGAGUAUCCCUGCAGAAAAUAUGUGAGAAAGGAACCUAAGGAGGAAGAAUUACUGGAUUUGAGUGUCACUGGAUGCAAAAAAGCAGAGCCUAAAAGAAGGAAAAAAGUUAGAGCAGAAGAUUUCCUUCGUCAGGACCCCAACUGGUGCAGGUCACUUGAAUCUAAAAGGAAAAGGCAAAAGAAACUGAAACGCAAGUUGCAGGAUGAUGAGAUGUUAAUAAACAUAGACUGA